AUGGUUACAUUAAGCCCGAAUCACACUAGCGACUCGCGGCUGCGAUUGCGAUUGCAGCACAUACUGUGCCCUAGGCAUCCUUCGUCUACUGAGCACAUACCGUGCCCUAGGCAUCCUUCAUCUACAGAGCACAUACUGUGCCCUAGGCAUCCUUCGUCUACUGAGCACAUACCGUGCCCUAGACAUCCUUCAUCUACUGAGCACAUACUGUGCCCUAGACAUCCUUCGUCUACUGAGCACAUACCGUGCCCUAGACAUCCUUCAUCUACUGAGCACAUACUGUGCCCUAGACAUCCUUCGUCUACUGAGCACAUACCGUGCCCUAGACAUCCUUCAUCUACUGAGCACAUACUGUGCCCUAGACAUCCUUCGUCUACUGAGCACAUACCGUGCCCUAGACAUCCUUCAUCUACUGAGCACAUACUGUGCCCUAGACAUCCUUCGUCUACUGAGCACAUACCGUGCCCUAGACAUCCUUCAUCUACUGAGCACAUACUGUGCCCUAGACAUCCUUCGUCUACUGAGCACAUACCGUGCCCUAGACAUCCUUCAUCUACUGAGCACAUACUGUGCCCUAGACAUCCUUCGUCUACUGAGCACAUACCGUGCCCUAGGCAUCCUUCAUCUACUGAGCACAUACUGUGCCCUAGGCAUCCUUCGUCUACUGAGCACAUACCGUGCCCUAGGCAUCCUUCAUCUACUGAGCACAUACUGUGCCCUAGGCAUCCUUCGUCUACUGAGCACAUACCGUGCCCUAGACAUCCUUCGUCUAUCGAGCAUUGAAGUAUGCCCUAGACUGAUCCUUUUCUACGCCUUAGACCUUCCCUUUGAAUUAAAAUUUAGGAUCGUAUGAAACAGUAAGAUCUAGUAUUGAUAUUAAUCAAAAACCUCUUUUCCAUAACUAAAAACUCGACCCCUUAAUAAAACCAUUUUAAUUCCACCUAAUUCCAAUUCUUAUAAAUAGUUAAUAUUUUCUCUUAAUUUCUUCUCUUAUUAUAAUAUUUUUCUUCAACUAUUUCUCUAACUCUUAUUAUUUAAAUUUAAAGCAUUACUUUACUAUUGAAUCACACAUGAAUAUUUGCGCAUGCGUAUAUUCCUAUAUCUAACACCCAGUAAAAUCUCUAGUAAAGGUUAGUUCCGUGCCUAACGUCAUUCCCCUAGAAUCCACCAGAUCAGUUUUAGCUCUCGGCGUCCCUGGGGUAUAGCCGGUGGAAGCAGGUUGCCCUAUAAAAAUAGAGAGCUAUCCUUUUCUCACUAACUAAGGCAUAGUAAGAAAAGAGCAUUGUCGAGACGUAACA